GUUAAUCUCAUCAAAAGUAAGAGGAAGCAAAUCCUACUGGGAUGGGAGGUCUUUUCUUUGCAUAUUUCACUUUAACGAGCCAUUUCAGAGAUUGGGACCAUGAAGAAGUGGAGAUAUUUUUAUUUAAAAUUUUUCCUCUCUUCCCUCAUUGAGGUACGGAGCGGGGCAUUUUAUUCACCUCUGUAUCACUAGGUUCCCACAUCCACCACAUAUUUAAUUUAUGCGUGCUCAAAGAAUGGGCUUGGAAAUGUAGGUGCGCGUUACCAUAUUUCUCUCUUUGUUUCUACGCUUCCUGGGUGAAUUACCGUAUUUCCUGUCCUGUGGGCUCCCAAAACCUUUGGGGAAGGAGCGCACUUCGGGAGGCGCAUACAGGUGGGCCCCAUUUAUUCCCUUCCCUCUGUACAGCGGGUAACUACAAGGCGCUUUCCUCUUGCCCCUGGAGUCCUAUCUCCUCAGACCCAGGUCCGUUUCCAGCCGACCAAAGCCACCUGUACCCGCCGGCCGAGCCCCGCCCAGCUAGGUGGGCAAGGGGGCGGGGCGCGAGGGCGCGGUGACGCGUGACGCCAGAUCCCGGAAGUGACGCGCUCCUGGGGCGAAAAGGCGGGGGGGGGGUGGUGUCCCCGGCCGGUUUGGGGGGUGCGUUGCCCGGAGACGGAAAGUUUGGGAGCCGGAGCAGCCUCCGCCGCAGCCCUGGGAAGGGAUUCCAGGGGGCGGCGGCCCUGGGGAUGGGGAAGGAGCAGGAGCUGCUGGAGGCGGCCCGCACCGGGCACCUCCCGGCGGUGGAGAAGCUGCUGUCUGGGAAGCGGCUCUCCUCAGGCUUCGGGGGCGGCGGCGGCGGCGGCUCCUCCGGGAGCAGCGGCGGCGGCGGCGGCGGCCUGGGGUCCUCGAGCCAUCCCCUCUCCAGUCUGCUCAGCAUCUGGAGAGGACCAAAUGUGAACUGUGUUGACAGCACUGGGUAUACACCUCUACACCAUGCUGCUUUGAAUGGCCAUAAGGAUGUGGUUGAGGUUCUUCUGAGGAACGAUGCAUUGACCAAUGUGGCUGAUUCCAAAGGCUGUUACCCUCUGCACUUGGCAGCCUGGAAAGGAGAUGCCCAGAUAGUGCGGUUGCUCAUCCAUCAAGGGCCCUCACACACCAGAGUCAACGAACAGAAUGCUCUUGAGAUCAAAGAAUUCAAAAAGUACGGCCCCUUUGACCCUUAUAUCAAUGCCAAGAACAACGACAACGAGACAGCCCUGCACUGCGCCGCGCAGUAUGGCCACACGGAGGUGGUGAAGGUCCUCUUGGAGGAGCUGACGGACCCCACCAUGCGCAACAACAAAUUCGAGACCCCUCUGGACCUGGCUGCACUAUAUGGGAGACUGGAGGUGGUGAAGAUGCUCCUCAACGCACACCCCAACCUCCUGAGCUGCAACACUAAGAAGCACACCCCCCUGCACUUGGCAGCGCGGAAUGGCCACAAAGCUGUGGUGCAGGUCCUGCUGGACGCCGGCAUGGACAGCAACUACCAGACGGAGAAGGGCAGUGCUUUGCAUGAGGCUGCUCUGUUUGGCAAGACUGAUGUGGUGCAAAUCCUGCUGGCUGCAGGAAUUGAUGUCAACAUAAAAGAUAACCGUGGCCUGACUGCCCUAGACACUGUCCGGGAACUGCCUUCUCAAAAGAGCCAGCAGAUAGCAGCGCUUAUCGAAGAUCACAUGACUGGAAAAAGAAGUGCAAGAGAGGCCGAUAAAACCCCCACUUCCCAGGGACCUCUCAUCUCCAAUAUGGACUCCGUAUCCCAGAAGUCUCAGGGUGACGUGGAGAAAGCAGUGACUGAACUGAUCAUUGAUUUUGACACCAAUGCUGAAGAGGAGGGUCCCUACGAGGCGCUGUAUAAUGCUGUCUCCUGCCAUUCGUUGGACAGCAUGGCCAGUGGGCGAUCGUCUGACCGAGACUCCAUGAACAAGGAGGCCGAGGCAGCAGGAGUGAAGGCUGCUGGAGUGAGGCCUAGGGAACGUCCACCGCCUCCAGCAAAGCCACCACCCGAUGAAGAGGAGGAAGACCACAUAGAUAAGGAGUAUUUUCCCUUGACAGCUUCUGAGGUCUUGGCCAUGAGACCCUGGCUUCAGGGAAGUGCAGCCAGGGAAGAGGAGGAGCAUCCUUACGAGCUGUUGCUAACGGCAGAGACAAAGAAGCUGGGACCCGUGGAUGGGGAUGGGAAACCGAAAGACCACAGGCGGGGCAGCAGCAGCCGGAGCCAGGACUCUGCGGAGGGGCAGGACGGGCAGGUCCCAGAGCAGUUCUCCGGUCUCCUCCACGGCUCCUCCCCGGUGUGUGAGGUGGGGCAGGACCCUUUCCAGCUGCUCUCUGCCACUGGCCAGAGCCUUCCAGAAGGGUCCCCCGCACAGGGCGCCUGUCACGAGGCCAGCAUGCAGCUGGAGGAGACGGCUGUGCGCGCUCCUGGAGCCUCCCCGCCCAGUGUCCUGGACCAGAGUAAGAGAGCGGGUUACCCGGCUGGCCUGCCCACCACCAACAGCCAAUCGCACCCCGAAACUUUGACUCACACAGCAUCUCAACACCCUGGUGGUGCCGAGGAAGAAAGAGACCGGAGUGGGGCUAGGAGCCGAGCCCCUCCCAGCAGCAAACCCAAAGCUGAACUUAAACUCAGCCGCAGCUUGUCCAAGUCUGACUCUGAUCUCCUGACCUGCUCACCCACGGACGACACUACAAUGGGGAGCCGGAGCGAGUCCUUGUCCAACUGCAGCAUCGGGAAGAAGAGGCUGGAGAAGUCGCCCUCCUUUGCCUCGGAGUGGGAUGAGAUUGAGAAAAUCAUGAGCUCUAUUGGCGAAGGGAUUGACUUUUCUCAGGAACAGCAGAAGAUCUCAGGUUCACGGACGCUGGAGCAGAGCGUCGGGGAGUGGCUGGAGGCGGUGGGGCUGCAGCAGUAUGAGAGCAAGUUGCUUCUGAAUGGCUUUGACGAUGUCCGCUUCCUGGGGUCUAACGUGAUGGAAGAGCAAGACCUGCGAGAGAUCGGCAUCAGUGACCCACAGCACCGGCGGAAGCUGCUGCAGGCAGCGCGGUCCCUGCCCAAGGUGAAAGCUCUGGGCUAUGACGGCAACAGCCCCCCAUCAGUGCCCUCCUGGCUGGACUCCCUGGGGCUGCAGGACUACGUGCAUUCCUUCCUGUCCAGUGGCUACAGCUCUAUUGACACUGUGAAGAACCUCUGGGAACUGGAGCUUGUCAACGUCCUGAAGGUCCAUCUCCUCGGCCAUCGCAAGCGCAUCAUUGCCUCCCUCGCAGACAGGCCCUACGAGGAGCCGCCUCAGAAGCCCCCACGGUUUUCCCAGCUGAGAUGCCAAGACUUGCUCUCCCAGACAUCGUCCCCGCUGAGCCAGAACGACUCCUGCACCAGCCGCUCCGCUGACCUGCUGCUGCCUCCUGGGGACACGGGCAGGAGGCGGCACGACAGUCUUCAUGACCCUGUGGCACCUUCUCGAGCAGAGCGCUUCAGAAUCCAGGAAGAGCAGCGCGAAGCCAGACUGACCCUCCGGCCCCCCAGCCUGGCUGCUCCCUAUGCCCCGGUGCAGAGCUGGCAACACCAGCCAGAGAAGCUCAUCUUCGAGUCCUGCGGUUACGAAGCCAAUUAUCUGGGCUCCAUGUUGAUCAAAGAUCUUCGAGGGACAGAAUCCACACAGGACGCCUGUGCCAAGAUGCGGAAAUCCACCGAGCACAUGAAGAAGAUCCCCACUAUCAUCCUGUCCAUCACGUACAAAGGUGUCAAGUUCAUCGAUGCCUCCAACAAGAACGUCAUUGCAGAGCACGAAAUCCGGAACAUUUCCUGUGCGGCCCAGGACCCAGAAGACCUCUGCACCUUUGCCUACAUCACCAAGGACCUGCAGACCAGCCACCACUAUUGCCAUGUGUUCAGCACGGUGGAUGUGAAUCUGACCUAUGAGAUCAUCCUGACGCUGGGGCAGGCGUUCGAGGUGGCCUAUCAGCUGGCCCUGCAGGCCCAAAAGUCCCGGCCCCUGGGGGCCUCCGCCGCCGAGAUGAUCGAAACGAAAUCUUCCAAACCGGUGCCUAAGCCUCGGGUCGGCACGAGGAAGUCAGCAGUGCCGCCGCCCCCCGAUAGUCGCUGUUGUCACUGUCACACCUGCACCACCCAUCGUCCUUCUUACCUACCGCUGCCGUCUGUUAGUCCUGGAGUCAAGCUGGACCCGCCCGAUACAGACCCAGAUGCCCAGUCCCACGCCAGCGUCUCCUGGGUGGUGGACCCUAAACCAGACUCUAAGCGGAGCCUCAGCACCAACUGAGCCACUGAGGAACCAACUGUGCUGCGGAAACACAGACGUGGGGAGCACAGGCUCCCACCACCGCGGCCCCCACCACCGCCGCCGCCGCCGCCACCACUGUGUCACCUGCAGCUUCGAAGACCCAGGCCCGGCCUCUGCCGGGAGCAGCUCCACGGGGCUCCUUGGCCUGGUCCUGCCGCCACCAGGUCUUACAGAGCAAGGCGCAGUCCAGGCCUCGAGCAGAUGAGACUGGAACUCCAGAGAGUCAAGAAGUGACUUGUUCAGAAGACAUUUUUUAAUAGAAAAAAAAAUUUUUUUUUUUAGAAAACGAAUUUUUAAGACUCGGCUCAAAUCUCUAGGUUAAACUGCCAAUCUUCAGACAGAUGGCCAUGGGGUCGGAGGACAGGGGCGCCCCAGAGCGGCUCCGAGGCCGGCCGGCGCCGCCUUCUGCCCCCCGGGGAUGGGCCGUUGGCGCGGUCCGGGAGGCUGGGGGGGGGGGGUGGUGGCAGUGGCCUGGGGGUGAACGGAAAGCAGGCCCAGGUGGGUUUGUUCGAGUCUGCCUUUCAAACCCAACCCAGUCAGUUGCUGUUCCUUACGAACCGCACAACUUCUCGUCCCCAUCCGGAGCCGGACGCUGCCUCUGCAGUAAGAACAGGCCUCAGACGCACCUGGCAAAAGCAGAGACUCCCGGUCCGUGUCUGGGGUUCCAAAUGUGAAGGUCCAGGGGCCAGAUGGAGCCGAGCGAGCUGUGCCCAGAGCCAUGAAGUCGGGGCCGCUCCUCAGCGCCCGAGCCGGCGGUGGUCAGGGCGCCAGGCCACGCGCUCUCUGGCAACCUCAGACUGCCUGGGUUCAGUCAGAAAGAAGAAAAAGCAGCUUUGUUUCGGGCAUUAAUGGGUAGGUCGGCUAAGAUGGCUACCUGCCAAUUUGUGAUUUGUCUAAUCAGGUCUGUGUGAUUAGGACUCGCUUUGAUUCUCUGAAUUAUUGGUUUGACUGUUGUAUUUUCAGCUGCUGGAUUCAUCCCUGGCUCCAGGUGUAGAGAAGGCUAAAUAAGGUGACGGUUGAUUCGGUUCUCCCCCAGUGUGGCCUUCAGGGCCGACUGGGGUCCUGGCGCACCACUGCCACUUAAGGGCUCCUGCUGGCUUGCUUCGCUUGUUAACUUGGACUCUUGCUCUGUGCUCCUGAGGGUGGUAGAAGCAGACAGGGUAAUUCCUGUGAGGCCGAGAGGCAGAGCCGGCUGUGGUGCUGGCCCCACAUCUUCCAGAGUAGGGAGCAGAAAGGAGCCCUUCCUCCCGUGGGCAAUUCAGCAGACCUCAUGCGUUGCCGGCACGGGGCGGGCUUCCCCCGGGACCCACAGGCCAGGCUUUGGUGGGACUUCUUUCCCAGCAAGGGCUGUGAAUUGGAAUUCCCUGCGGGUUCCAUGCACAGAGAGUGCUCUUGGACACACUCACCACCCCAGUGGUGGCCAGGAACAGAAAGCCCAGCCCCGUCCUCCCGCUGCCUCAAAGCUGGGCCCCAGGGGCAGCACCUCCUCUGGAGCAGGGGCAGGGAAGCCUCCACUUUCCGGUACUAAACAAGGACCUCAACGCCUGAAGUCUGGCUUCGCUUCCUGCUUCUCCCAAGGCCCAGGAGCCUCCUGUCAGCUCCUGCCACGCAUGUUCUGUUCCCCGCCCCCCCCCCCCCCCCCCACCACCACCACCACCAACCCGCUGGCCCGCGAGAAUUGACCAGGGAACCCGAGAGGUGGGCGCCCUCCCCUCCUCUGCGGGGGCCUGGCCUCAGCUUAAGUGCGCCUCUCCUCUCCAGAGGCGGCAGGUCCAAAAAGCAAACUGUAGACACUACUAUGAGCUGUUCGAGCCGUCUUUUUGUUUUUAAAUCACACGUAGGUGUUUCCUCCCCUUGAAGCUGCUAUAUCUUUAUUUAUUCAGGGUGUUGUCAUAUUGGAAAGCCUUAGCUAGUCCUCUCUGGCUCUGGGUUUGCUUUUGAGAUUGGUUUAUUUCCGAAUAGUUGAGAAGGGUAGGGACUGGAUCUUUCUUUCCUUUUUACUUCUCCUCUGGGGCAGGUACUCUCUCUCCCCUCGAAAGGGGCGGUGUAACUUCAAGGACAGGCUUCGAGCAGAAAAGCCCCCGCUUCUGCACCAGAGUUCCACGGCGGGGUCUGAGCUGUGCCGGGGGCGGGGGUGGGGGCGGGGGACUAGGCAGGACCUGCGAGGGAGUCAGUACCUUCCCCGGCCCCAGCCCCCAGCUUCUCUGCUCGCCGCUCUGAGCCAUAGAACCCCUCCUGUCAGGCUCCGCGUCUGCCAUGCUCCACAUGCCUCCUGGGUCUCUAGCCUCAGAUUCUGGCGGCCGUUCCUCGAGAAGCCUCUGGCCGAGCUGGCAGCCAUGGUGGUGGCCGCCGCUCCGACAGUAGAAAGCUCGUCUAUCCUCGGUCCGCCUGCGAGAGGCCCAGGCCUGCGGCAUGACCGUCAGAAGCAGCUCGCAAAAGUGUUGUUGCUAACGGGGUGGCAACGGGACUGAAUUGUAAUAAAAAUGUUAUUUAAUCUUUGUCUCUGUAUUUUGAUACUUGAAUGAAUUCCCCUUUUAUUUUACUGUACAUAUAAUUGUUAAUCUGUCCGAUUUUGUCCGAAUUACAAACAUCUUGUGGUACCAAACAUAACGAAUCUGCGCAACAAUGUAGACUGACCUCACGACACGAGAGAGAGUGUAAAUAUUCCUGGGCUUCCAGCUUCGGUUUGGUUAUUUUCAUAACUGUACAAC